AGCGUAACGUUGUGGUCGCACGGUGUAUCCCCACCUCAACAAGGAAACGUGACUCUUUUCGUCGCUGCUCUGGAAUUCAAUGAAAUCUAACACAAAUACGAAUCUUUUGUUUGGUCGAGUGCUCGUAAGCGUGAAUACUUCUUUAAGAUACAUAUACGUAUUCAAUGCGAGUGUAGUUGUGUGUGUGUGCGUCUAGGUCGUUGCUAAAUAUUGAUGUGCGUGUGUGUGUGUGUUUUUGAAACAGUUGCAUUCCUCGAGGCAAAGAAGCUGCCGUUCGCAUUCACUGGGAACGUGAGAAGAAGUGUAUUAGAAAUACAUUGAAGCCCCCUUCGAGAUAAUGUCCAUGAAUUAUGUGGCAUCCUCAAGGUCGGCUUAGUUAGUUGGGUUCUAGAGAGAAAGAAAAUUACAUGUGUAUGACCAAAACAAACAACAAAUUUGUCUCGUCCCACGUUGUGAUGUGCAAACAUUGAAUAUUGUUGUAGUCAACAAUUUUUAUAUUUGUUAAAUCGGAUCGGAUCGGUGUGAGUGUGUGUGUUUGUGUGUGCGUUGAACGCAUUUAAAGGAAAGCACAGCCAAAUAAAAUCACUUUUUGGCCGGCAGCUCUGAAAAAUUCUUUCGAAAUUACGUCGCGUGGUAAUAUUUCGCUAAAAGAGAAACAACAUUUCUUUUUUAUUUCGUUUCUCGGAUUUGGGCCGUUCGGCGUGAGUGUGUCAGAGUGCUGUCUGUGCCUUCAUAAUCGUUGUCGUAUUUUUAGUAAAUGGUGACUCGCAGCGCGCCGCGACUUUUUGACGACAUUUCGUUUUUAGUUUAGAAAUAAAAUUGAAAUUGUAUUAAUCCAAGCAAGCCAACACAACGACAUCAACAACAACAACGACAAGAAAAGCGGAACAACAACAAUUUGCACAAAUAGUUUUGUAUUCAAUUAUUAUUAUCUAUUUAUAAAACAACACAAUUUUUGUAUAAAUAAAUAUUUGCAGAGAGAGAGAGAGAGAUAAAUCAAAUAACAAGUGUAUAUUAAAUGAAUCUUGGCAUAAUUAAGUGUAUGGAAUUUUCAAAUAAUCCUAAACCGAACAUGGAUGCUGUAUAAAUAUACGCACACAUGCAUAUGUAUGCGGGUAUGCAUAAAUACAAGCAAAACAAUUUGCUUAGUUUCAUCAACACAAAAGCACAACUAAAUGUUGUCAUAAUUCCAAAAUCCAAAUGAGUAUUUCCAGUUCAUAUCCAAGCAAGUGUAUCCUAAAACUAAACCAAACGACGAAAACAGUCAACCCACCAGCUAUUCCAUCCAGCCAUCCAGCAUAGAAGAGCUCAAGCGUACAUAAUAAAUAAAUAAAUAAAUAAAUACUAAAAACUACAUAAAUAUUUAUAUCACAUACUCUGGUCGACGCCACCGUCGUCUUCGUCGCUGUCAUCCCCCUCACAGUUGUUGUUGUCGUCGACGACGAUAGAUCAUUAACGGCAGUCGGUCUGUGCUGGCUGGCCCUGCUUGCCUGUCUGGCCGAACUCGAAGUCGGUCCAUGUGUGUGAGCACCAGUGCGUUUGGCUGUGAUAGUGUUAGUGCCACCGCCAGUCUUAUUGGCAUCAUUUUUAAGAAUCUAGUUCAAGUGCCAACAAAAUAAUAAAGUGUAGAAAAAGUCCAUGUCAAGAAGGCGAAGAAUAAAUGCCGCCACAUAAAAAGUAGUGAAAAAUUUCGUAAAAAGUGUGAAGAAAUAAAUAAAUGAAAACACACCAAAGACAUUGUGCCCACUUUUCGCUCCUCUCUGUCGUUGCUGCUAUUGCCAGUGCUACAUUGAAUGGCUAUAGACCCAAGUCUAUAUUCUGUUCAGUUCAGUUCAGUUCAGCUCUGUUUAUGUGUUGCUCUCACUUUCUUGUGAAUGAAUGACCUCCACAUAAUUCUAAAGAAAGAAAGAAGAAUAAGUAAAAGAAAAAGAAAACAAACAACAUAAACGUAGACCCUGCCUGCACCUGCUGCCAAUGAGUGAACGCCAUCUAAAUUUCCCCCGGCUGCUGCAGCACCAACAUUGAUGUCCACAACAACAGCGCCACCGACAAGAGCGCCAAUAUUGAGACCAUUCGUUCGAGCGGCCUUGGGAGACAUACCGGCGAAACCAUUAGCACUCUGCCAGUCAAACAUUCAUUCAUAGAGGCAGGCCACUUUCGUCACUGCACCGGAUGGAAUCUUGGAACAAACAGCAGACAACGGCAAUAGCGCAUGGAGGAGAAAUUAAUUAUGAACCAACGAGCGGACGGAUAAGGAAUAGACGUGACGAGAAGCUUUGCCAGCCAGUGGAAAUCCAGCACAAAACAUCCGAAGGAUAACUGAACGAAGCAGCCACCUACCAGUACCACUAACGCCGCCACCACCACCACCACAUGCACGCAAACUAAACGCAAAGCGAUAAUUAUUUCAUGCAACCAGUUGCAGGAAGUGCGAAAUCAUUGUGUGGCAGCAGCAAUUAAGUUGUUCGCAAAGAAAUCGCCUUUGCCUAAGGAGCUUCGGGGAAUUACGUGCAAAUUUCCAUCAUCGUCAUCGGGCCGGGCAACCACCACUUCAUCAUUGUUAAGCAAUCCGCCAAGAGAAUAGCCAUAAAAUUAAGGAAAUCGCACUAGACAGACGAAGAGACGGACAGACAGAUAUUGGCUGUCACUUCCACGCUCUGUGGUGGCCAAGAGACGAUUAGUGGGUGAAUAGAGUGAGCCGAGGUUGGAAGUGGCUGGGACCACUGCCGUCAACGGCCAUCAACAUUGUCAUUAAUAGCGGGGAUUUUGCACACGCACCUAUUAACGCCUACGAUUUGGUGUUCGACGCGUAUUCCGUUCCGUCACUGAUGCCAUCAACACGUUUGCGUUGUCUGUUCUUAACGCACUCCAUAAAUUGCAGACGAUUCGGAGGAGAUCCAACGACAAGUGAAUGAACAACGAACCAGCUGAUGUCUUGAGUGUCCUCAAGCCUUUUUUAGUGCUGACCAUCUAGCCAGACAUCCCGUCAGCUACGCCGCCAUUAUCAGGAAUUGCAAUUGUUUUAAUACAUUGGCCAUCCAGCCAUUCAACUAACCCAGUCAGUGGAACAGUGGCUUUCAGCCAUUGAUUGCUUUCAUAGAACGGCGAUUUUUUUUUCGGACAAAAGCACCGAAAAUCGGCAAGUGCGUUUUUGAGUGUGUGUGUGUGUAGGCUGGCCCAUUACUGUGUCCAUAGAUCAGACUUGUGGUGGCGUGCAGUUGCCAUUAAGUGCUCAUCGGACACCAGUUUAUGUGGCCGUGGCUGGCUCCUGUCAGCGUUUCUCGCUUUGGUUAGAGAUCGAAAUCGAGGUGGCGGGGGAGACAGCACACGUCCGCUGGACCAGUCGCACAAAUAAUGAAGCCCAGCAGUAGCGUGUCGUGUGGUUGCUGUUUCUGUUGCUACUGUCGCAGUUGGCUGAUGAUGCUGUUAAUGGUCUCCAGCGUUAUUCACGUGUCACCGGAGAUGAUGACAGCAAUAACAACAAAAACAGAUACGAAUUUAAAUAAUUACUACAAAGCCAUGACUAAAUUUGCAAAGUUCAAUAGCAAAUUACCUAGUCAAUCGAACGAAGUAGAGCCAUCAUCGGCUCAGCCCCUAGCAGAUACUCAGAGGAACACCAUCCCCGAGUUAUAUCCUGCACUGCAAUCCGAUAUGAUAGCCACACUGGCCACAAUGCAAACACAUUUCACUAUCUCGAAAACACCAACAGCAACACCAGCAACAACAAUUACUACAACUACAACAUCAUCUCUGCUCGGACAAAUUGCAGUGACAAGACAAAGUUCAUACGAAACAAGAGCAAGAGCAAGAACAACAACAGCAACAGCAUCAACUACAACUGGACCCGUAGCAGAAGAAGAAAUACGGAACUCAGUUUACAGGUCAUCAACGAACAACCCCAGCACACCUGCUCUCACCGGUGAUAAUUACGACGUUGUUAUCCAAACAACAGAUACACCAGCUUCAAUGCCCAAAUCCACAGAGACAAUGGGUGAGAAAGGAACAACGAACGUACAAAUCGCUCCGUUUCAUGGUGACAGCAAAAACCCCAAGUAUCCCAGAAUAGAAUCGAAUUCAAGCCUGCACUCCGGCACAACAUCGGCAGAAACAACAAUUGUCACACAACAUGCACAACGUCCUAAGGGCAAUCAUGUCGGCGCUGCGUCGAAUCAGAUGCACAACAUCGAAGAAGUACAAAAGACCAUCACCGGACAAAGAAUCACAGCCACAGUCUCAUCUAGUUCAAAGUUAACUAAACAAAACACCCCCCAGCCCAGCAGAAAGGACCAAAUAACAAUCAGCAGCCUUAACAACAGCAACAAACACGCCAGAGAUAUGUCGGUGUCAUCACAACUGCAAACGACCCACUCAGACCUGCAGCCUUGGCAUCGCAAUCAAUUAAAGAGACCAGCACUUUUAGCCGCAUCUACUCAGCCUCGGACUUUGCUGCGCCAGACCCGGCAAGCGGACGAUGAGCCAAUCGACAAAUGUCGUUUGUUUGAAGUAGGCGAUCCCGAAAAGAUGGAGUUGUAUAGUCCCGACUAUCCGAAUGUCUAUCCAAAGAACAUUAAUUGCACGCGUGUGAUUACGGCACAAAAGGGGCAGAUAAUUCGCCUGGAUUUUCGCAAUUCAUUUCACAUAGAAGAGAAGGAGGACUGCAAAUUUGACUUUUUGGAGAUACGCGAUGGACAAUAUGGUUUUUCAAAUUUAAUUGGAAAAUUUUGCGGAACCGACUUUCCGCCGGAGAUAACUUCGAAAGAAAGAUACCUUUGGCUGCAUUUCCACUCAGAUGAGAGCAUAGAAUAUUCUGGCUUUACGGCUGUAUACGAAUUUAUAGACAGAACGCGUGAUGCUCCCAGUACGGAUUUGAAUUGCACCAUCGAAAAGGGCGGCGAUGAGGGGUUUGUUAACAGCACUGAUAUACCGCAGGAGAUCAGAGACACUGUAGCUGCCAAUAAAAUUGCCUUGGAUUGUAUGUGGCGUAUUCAGGUGCAGGAGAAGUGGAAGAUCCAAGUGAAAUUCUUAGAUUUUAAAUUAUCCAAACCCAAUGACUGUGACGUGAAUUUCCUAGAUAUUUUCCCAGAACAAACAGUAAUGCCCCUCAGAGUGAAAAACUUUUGUGGGUCUGCCGGUGAGGGUAUUACAUCGGAGUCCAAUAUUUUGCAUAUGCGGUUUUAUGCCGAGCAACAGGCCGUUAAUUCAACGUUUUCCAUUCUAUACACCGCCUUUCGGGAUCGUGGCAGUGGCUCAUGUGCGGAAAAUGAAUACGAUUGCGAAGACGCCACCUGCAUUGCUGCCGACUUGAAGUGCAAUCAGCGUGACAAUUGCAAAUUCCGCUGGGAUGAAGAAGGCUGUGAGCCUGAAUCCAAGGGACAAUCGGAGCAUAUGACUAUUAUCAUCACUGUGUUUGGUCUGAUCCUGGGCGGAAUGGUCAUAACAUUCCUCGUAAAUUGUGUGCGCAAAAUUAUGCAUGACCAGAAGAUUAUACGGGAACACAUUCGACAGUCGAAGGAAAGCAAGCUAGACGAAAUGGGACGCAAUUCAAAGGCUCGGUCUCGUGACAACAUAUCCAUUGUGUCGCCCAGACAAAAACAUUCACAGACUUCGCUGCAGAUACUCGAUGAUGUUUCCAACCGCUAUUAUCGGGAAAUUGAACUACAGACCAAGGGCAAUUUCAAAGAGAAGGAGCCGCCCAACCUAAUACGACGGCACGACAUGAUUGUUCAAACUAGUCUCUGCAGCACCGACGAUUCGUCGACAACAACGGCAGCAGAACAGCCGCCGCCAGGACCUGCAGCAGUUCCACAACCGAAUGCAUGUGACAUGGGCUGUCAAACGAGGGAAUCACUCUUUGCCACCGCCUCAUUGCUGCGUUCCAAAUCAAAGACGCCAUCCCUUGUCGGUGGCCACCGAAGCGUUGAAGGGGUACCACCACCACCUCGAUUCUCAACGUUUGGCUAUGAUGCAGCUCAGAUGACGGCACAACAGCCCACAUUCGGUACCACUUCCACUCUAUCCAGACGCAAUAUUCACCUGCCGCAAGGAUCCAUUGAAACGGACCACCCGCAAAAUCAGGAGCACAUGACUAUGGUGCAGCCGCAACAACAACAGCAGCAGCAGCAACAACAUCGUCAUUUACAUCAUCGGCCUUCGCAGGAAAUUUGUCACCAUCAUCACCAACACCAGCAGCAACAGCAACAGCAACAACAACAACUGCAAAAGCAAACAUUGCCUCGUCAUCAGCAUCAACAUUUGCAAGACCAACACCAACAUCACCAUCCCCCCUCGUCGACGGGAGCUCACAUAACGACUGUGCCAUCAACUGGCACAACGAUUGUUACAGCCAUAUCAACAGGAUCCAGUGCUGCCCGGGUCCGAGACCCCGCCGCAGCCGUCGGUCUAGCUGGCAGUGCCAAGAACAAGCAGACCAAACUCGAUGAGUCAAAGCUAUUCAUCGACAUUAGAAACUCGGCUCCGGAUGUUAUAAUUAUGACAUCCCAUUGACAAUUAAGGAAAUCCCAGCCCAGCAGUCCCCGCUCCACCCGGCAACAUUGUACAGAAUAUUACAUUAUACCUCCGACCGUUAUCGUUUCGUUGACGUCUCUUCUGAAACGAACGACAAAUGAGUUGGCAAAGUCCAGACUUGUCAGUCAUCGAGGAGCCCCAGUGCGUUCGUCAAUCGGAUGUUUUGUUGAGCAUGACGUGCAACUUUAUUUAGUUAAUCACAGUCGAUUCAUUUGUUAAUAAAAUUUCGAAAGUGUCAUUGACAGCUCAUGGAAGUGUGCCCAAAGAGUUUCGGACAGUGACGCAAUUCCACCGGCCAUGUCUGAUGGUCAAGUAACGAAUAUCCACACCAAACUCAAUUAGAGUAGAUUUUAGAGAGUAGUUAAAUCGUCUCGUUACUCCUACCCUCCCCUCCCCUCCCCUCCCCCCACUCUCUCUAGUACGGUCUACGUUUACACAGUAAUUAUAGGCAACAUGACCUUUGAAAAGAAUUCAUGUUGCGGAGGAGGGUUGCGAGCGUUACAUGCUUGUUUGGUCAUGUUUCUCUUCCGUUGCGUUGUUUAUUGUCCUCCCCUUGUGCGUGGUUCCAUUUUUGUGGUAUUCCCAAACCAGAGCAAAACAUGCUACAAACACAAUACGCCUCACCGCAUGAUAUAUAGCCAGAAAUACAACGACACGCUGAUGGUGGCGGCGGUGCUGAUUUACAACUUCGCCAGUAAAAACGCCUCGAUCGCCAUCAUAUGUCAUAUUUGGAUGCUGCCAAACAGGGGCCCUGCCGCUACUUUCUCUUUCACUGGCCAGCAGUAAACCAAUGUCGUCUAUAUGUAUUUUGUUUUUUGUUCAUGUAACAACGCAACAUGUCCUGGUUUUAGAAGGAAUGUUUGCAUGCAUGUCUGUGAUGCGAGAGUGUUGAUGUUGUGCGUGCGUGUGUGUGUGUAUGUGUGUUUGUCCAUGUGACGAGAGCAUUCAUCAAUUUUCACUUUUGGUGCAUGUUGAUGAAAACAGUGUCAUUCAUUAUGGAUGUGCCAGGGCAGACGCAUACAGCUUCCCAUACAGCAUCACUACAUUCAUAUAAGAGAGUGAUUAAAGAAUUGGAUUAGAUCCGAGCGGAAAUUGAAUCGAAGAUAAGCUAAUUAUUUAAUCGAUUUUCCGGCAGAGUCAAAGCAAUUGUUUGCUUGUAUUGCGAUAUGCAAUAAUUUGCUACUAGUGUAGCGAUGUUGAUGAUGAAAAAGAUGAAGAUAAAGCUCUGUUCCAGAAUGUGCACCCUUGUUUUCAAUUUCCCUUGCUUGUAGGCGGAUUUGGCGGAGUAAAAAAAUGCGAUAUAUUUGUCACAUAUUUUGCAGUUUCGACUCUCUUGCUUUCUUUGUAAGUAGUUCCCUCUUUUUCUAUUUUUUUUUCCUUUGAAACUAGUACGGGAAAAUGAAUUGUAACAAUUUACUGGGAUGAUCCGCUACUAGACUAGAUGAGUCAAAUAGGAGAACGUCUGAUUAUUUUGUCUGACAUCCAAGCUAUGAUAAUAAUUUUUUAAAAUUUUCAUAUUUUUAAUCGCUUUUUGUCUCUGUCUAACUCUCAAGAACAUGCUUUUAGCGGAACCUUCACUGUGUGAAACCAAUAUUAGACCCAAUAUGAUUGAACAUAAUCCAAACAAUCUAUGGAACUAAUAUUAUAAUUAAAAUGUCUGAAAUUUCGCUAAUGUUUUCUACCGGACGAGGUUGGGAUAUAUUCUUUGCAGAUUUGGGGUAGUUUUUGUAUCCAUGCGAACCCGUAAACAUCUAUAAUAUUUCGAUCGGACACUGUCGGAAAGCGAGUCUGUUUACGUUAUAAAUGACCCGCUAAACUAAUGGUCCGAACAAGGAAUCAUUGAUUGUUACUACAACAUCGUGUUUGACCGGUUGUGCGUGCUCCAUCAUGUUUUCGACAAGGACAACGUGGCCAACAUUAUUCCUUUGUAGUCGAAUGCCCAUCGCAGUUAGUCUGAAUCACAUUGACAACAACCGGAGAGGAAACGAUGACGACAAUGUCAUUGUCGUUUCUGACAUCCGUGUACGGUCGACCAUGUUUUAUAUGUCCAUGCAUACACUCACACACACAAACACACAUGCAUAUGCAUGCGUCCAUAUUUGUAGAUAUGUGACUGUGCGUGCGCUUGUGCUUGUGUACAUGAAAAUUAUGUGCAAUAACAGACACGGCAGCAGAUGUUUCCCUUUGCCAGGAUGAACACGAACACGCUCACACGCUCAUCCAUUUAAAAAAGGAAUUGGACAAAUAAAAGCAAAGAAUUCAUUUCCAUAUCUCGCGCUAAAGUAAAGCCAAACAUUGUCAUUCUUUAACAUCUGCAAAUAUGCCGAAGUUUACUGAAAAGAUUGAAGAUUUUUGAUCGCUGGAAAUUUCUUUUGAGUACUUUUCAUGAGAGGAUUAAAACGGGCGGCAUUUUAAAAGGCCAAAUAAAGGAUAUCGUAAAACGGUGGAAUCGCAUCAAAUGUAAAUUACACCGUGCUACAUAAAACAUUAAAAUUGCAGUCGAAUUGAAAGUGUAUUCGAAAAAUAAAAAAUAUGGGAAUGACAAAUUGAGAAUGGACGGUCAAUUCAAUUUUGCAUUCAAUAAAAAAUAUGGAACACUACCUUCUAUUGAUAUGCAUUAACUGUUGUAUUAAUGGGCUUAAAUUGCUCUCUUUUUCAUUUUGUAGCACAGUGUUAUUAAAUGAGGCAAUGUUUACGUAAGACUGUAUCAAUGGAAGUUAAUAUAUUUCGACAUGGUCUCCGAAAUCCACUUAACUUCAACAAUUACAAAUAGAACGUCAUAUGUCCUUUUUUUUGUUGAAAAGAAUAUAACGUGUUGAAUUGAAUGUAUAAACUCUUCCAUGCGUCACAUACGCUGGACAAUAAAGUAUUAAGUAAAUUGAUUCAACGUGAAGAAUGCAACCAAAGGCAUUUGCUCCUUCCAUUACACACAUACAUUCGUAUAAACGAGUAUUGUACAGAAAAGAGAUUCUGUUACACCCAAGUUAUGACACCAUUCGAAAAAUGAAAAUAAAUUUACCACUUUCCAGUGUACUUCUCUCAAUUGGUUUUCAUUGUUCCGCAUAAUCUAAAAUUCACUGACCAGCCUAAAAGUAUGCAAAGGUAGAUGUAAUGUGUGGUCAAUAAAAAAUUUAUUUUUUCUCUUCCCUUCAUAUUCGGCAUGAUGCAAAUUAAUGAAUGCAAAUUAAUGAAUUCCAAACAGGUUUCCGACUCUGAACGAAAUAUGUUUUCCUUCACAAAUGAAUAAAUCUCAUUUAAUUAAAACCAAAAUUUCUAUAAAAACUGUCCCUUCACGGCAUAGAUCAACAGACCAUUGGUAAUCACACACACACCCACCCACGUUCACUGAAUGCGUAAUUUUUCAGAGGGCGUCAUUUUAAUCAAAUAUUUGCCCCAAGCCUGUCAUCGUCACAAAAAUCAACAAUUGAUAAAUGACAUGUCAUUCAGAACAAUUUAUAAACGAAUGAACGUUUGACUGACUGACCGGCCGAGCGGCGGUGUAGGUCAUUUAGGUCAUGUUAAUUGCAUACCAAUCAACUGGAACUGGGCUGGGGGUCGAGUUACUUAGUAAUCAGUAAAUUGUUGGGUUGCUUUAUUUACAUUUUUUUCGACAAAGAACUCAAAUUGUUUUUCUUUUCAAAUUUCAAAACUGAAAUGUUUUUUCAAGAUCUGCAUGCAAACAAACAUGCUGAUGCAUGUCCAUCGGAUUGGCUAACUAAUAUUUAGACAUGUAUAUAUGUUGAUGGCAAAGGAAAGCUUGGUUUUCCGAAUCGAUGAGUAAAUUAUUAUUGGUUUAUGUAAAUAGCCGGUAAUCACAUCAUAUGGCUAAUCGUUGCCUCAAUUAGAUCAAUAUUUACAAUUUGCAAAAAAUUCGGAAUUACAAACAAAGCAAAAGGUCUCAAACAAGUUUGUUUACAAAUUGCAAUUCAUGCAUUCAUAUGUACACACAGGUGUACAUGUAUAAGGAUAAGUGUACUUAUUUGAAAGGAGGAAAGGCGGAUCCUUACACUUGUUCAAUAAAAAAUGUGAGUUGCUUUUACGAAUGAAUAAAUCUGGCCUGAUUAUUGCAGUCACAAGAGAAUGUCUGCCGAUACCGGGUAAAUUUCUGUUUUUUUUGUACUAGACGUUGUGCUUCGAUCCUUUGGGAUCCUUAUAGCCAUUGAAUAGUAACAUCACAUUCUCAAACUUUGUAAAUAUUUUAAAGCGUUUAAUGCUGCAUAUAUGGCUGCAACGAUAAGUUCGUUUAGACGAGUUUCAAAUACUACUUCUUUGUUUAAAAAUGUCAAAUUAAAGCAGAAGUGGUUAAAAGUUGCACCUGGAUGUGGUUCGCGCGUUUGGGCCUUUUGCAAUGCCAAACAUUGAAGAUAUAGUUUUAUAUACUAAAGAGAAAUAAAAAUCAGUCGGUUGCGAAAAAUUGAGUUGACAUCGAAAAAAAGCUUUCCUCCGACUCCAAAUAAAAAUAGUUGUUAUGCAAAGUGUAUUUAAAUUUUAUACCCUCCAUCAUAGUAUUGAGGCUAUAUUAUGUUUGUAAAUCCGUUUGUAAUGCCACGAAAUAUACAUUUUAGACCCCACAAAGUAUAUAUAUAAAUAUAUACUUGAUCAGCAUAAAAUUCUAUGCGAUGUCCAUCCGUCUGUGGACAUCCCUCUAACUUCCGAACGAAAUUGAGUAUUAUAUCUGCAAAAGUGUAUUAUAUCUGCAGGACUUUUGGUAUUGAAAUUGGAUCAUGUAGGUCCACGUACGUUACCUCCCUAUAUUCGGUAUUUUGAUGGUUUCAGCUACAUUAUUCACCGAUUUUUUUUAUUCAAGUCUCGGGUUUGAAUAUUGUAAUGGUUUAUGACAAAAGUUACCUAUGCAGGUCCACGUCGUCGUAUAGACCUUAAUACAAUGGCUACAUUCGGUAUUUUUAAGAUUUCAACAGAAUUUUUAACCGAUUUUAUUUUUUUUGAAAAUUGCCAAAAUCUUUCCAAAUGCUGAAGGGUAUUCAAAGAUCGGCCCUGCCGAGCUUACAGCUUUUUUAUUUAUUUUUAUAUGGGGAACUAUUAAUAUCGGUUCAGAUUUUUAUAUAGCUUCGAUAUAUAUUUACAUCCGAUUUUACGGUUAUUGUUCACCAUAUAUGUAAUAUCAGCCCAAAUUGGAUAAAUUUCUUCAUACUCAACCGAACCUUUCCACUUGGUGAGUCUCUGUCCGGUAUAUCUAUUGCCCCAAUAAAUAUUUUUUAUAUAAUCUUUAGCGAAGUCAUAUCAUGCAAAAUAAACAAUUUUAUUAGGUACUAGAGGUACAAAGGCCUCUGUCAAAUUUGUUAAAAAUCAAUUCGGAGUUGGAUAUAGUUCUAAAAUUGUGACUACCCUAAAGCCAUGAUUCGCAUUCAAAUAAGGUUCAUAGUUGGUAUGUUUUACUAAAUUCUACAUAAAUUCCCAUUAUAAACUUUUCUUGUUGCGGGAGCUCUGCUUAAUAUGCAUGGUAGUGUAGGGUAUCAUAUAGUUGCUCCCGCCCGACUUUUGACCUUUCCCUACUUCAUCUUUUAAAGACGGGAAAUUUUUUUUUUUUAUGAUAAAUCAAUUGAUUGCUUGCAAGUUUUUCCGUGGGUUCGUCAACAUGGAAUCACUCAGAAAGAAGUUGCUGGAAAAGUUAGCAGAUAGCUGUAUACGUCAUUUAUGACUCCGUGGAAUUUUUUUGUGUGGUUAUCCCGUUCAGUGGAAUAUUUCUCUGAAAUUGGACACGGUUACCUCACAAAAAAUCCAACAUUUCAUAAUUUUUUCAGAGUAGUUUAGCUGCUGACGAAAGGUUCCUGAUCAGAAACAUUGUAAUGAGUUUGUGUGGAUGUUCAUGGCAAGAAAACUGCCUCACUCAUUAUCACCUUCCGUAGCUGUAACCACUACCACUUAAACUUCACCGAGACUAAAUUUGACAAAUGCGAAACAAUUUACGAAAUCUACCAUCAACACUUCUACGUCUUUGUUAAUUCUAGUUAAAUUCUGCAAAUUAUUGCAACUAUCAACAGUCGACUGUACACCAAGUAAAUAUUAUCGAUUGCAUUGUAAAUGUAUUGUAUUCAAUAAGAUUGUAAAAAGUAAACUCUAGUAAUGUAGUUAAUUGAGGCCAAUAAAAACCAAGCAAACAUUUAUUAACAUUUUUAGUAUAAAAUACAAAUCUCCAGAAAAA